UCCUUUUCCCUCCUGUUCCUUCCCUCAGCAGCAGCGGCGGCGGCAGCAGGAGCAGCAGGAGCAGCAGGAGCAGCAGCAGCAGCCGCCGCCGCCACCGCUGCCGCCGCCGCCGGCCGCCGACCCAGCAGCCAGGACUCUGGAGUCAGAGUAGGAUUGGAGGAUCAGAGCCUGAGAGGCAGCAGGAGUGGAGCUGGCCUAGGAGGGGAGCGGAGCCCUCCCAGGACCCUCGGGCGACCCCUGGCCAGCACUCCCAGGGCCAGACCUCCAGAGAGGCGAGACCCAGGACACCCAGCCCCAGGCCCUCAGCUCUCUCCAUCUGCCAGGCUCCUUGGGACCCGUUCCCCAGCCUCAGGAUGGCGUCCUCCCUGCUUGAGGAGGAAGCUCACUAUGGCUCCAGUCCCCUGGCCAUGCUGACGGCGGCGUGCAGCAAAUUUGGUGGCUCCAGCCCUCUGCGGGACUCAACGACUCUGGGCAAAGCAGGCACAAAGAAGCCAUACUCUGUGGGCAGUGACCUUUCGGCCCCCAAAACCAUGGGGGAUGCCUACCCAGCCCCCUUUUCAAGCACCAAUGGGCUCCUGUCACCUGCAGGCAGUCCUCCAGCGCCCACCUCGGGCUAUGCCAAUGACUACCCUCCCUUUUCCCACUCAUUCCCUGGGCCCACGGGCAGCCAGGACCCUGGGCUACUAGUGCCCAAGGGGCACAGCUCUUCUGACUGCCUGCCCAGUGUCUACACCUCCCUGGACAUGGCACACCCCUAUGGCUCCUGGUACAAGGCAGGCAUCCACGCAGGCAUCUCACCAGGCCCAGGCAACGCACCCACGCCUUGGUGGGACAUGCACCCUGGGGGCAACUGGCUAGGUGGAGGGCAAGGCCAGGGUGAUGGGCUGCAAGGGACACUGCCCACAGGCCCUGCUCAGCCUCCACUGAAUCCCCAGCUGCCCACCUACCCUUCCGACUUCGCCCCCCUCAAUCCAGCCCCCUACCCAGCUCCCCACCUCCUGCAGCCGGGACCCCAGCAUGUCUUGCCCCAAGAUGUCUAUAAACCCAAGGCGGUGGGCAACAGCGGGCAGCUGGAGGGUAGUGGUGGAGCCAAACCCCCUCGCGGUGCAGGCACAGGGGGCAGUGCUGGCUACGGGGGCAGUGGAGCCGGGCGCUCCUCCUGCGACUGCCCCAACUGCCAGGAGCUAGAGCGCCUGGGGGCGGCAGCGGCCGGGCUGCGGAAGAAGCCGAUCCACAGCUGCCACAUCCCCGGCUGCGGCAAGGUGUACGGCAAGGCGUCGCAUCUGAAGGCCCACUUGCGCUGGCACACGGGCGAGCGGCCCUUCGUCUGCAACUGGCUCUUCUGCGGCAAAAGGUUCACGCGUUCGGACGAGCUGGAGCGCCAUGUGCGCACUCAUACCCGGGAGAAGAAGUUCACCUGCCUGCUCUGCUCCAAGCGCUUUACCCGAAGCGACCACCUGAGCAAACACCAACGCACCCACGGCGAGCCGGGCCCAGGCCCCCCUCCCAGCGGCCCCAAGGAGCUGGGCGAGGGCCGCAGCGCCGCUGGGGAAGAGGAGGCCAGCCAGACGCCCCGACCUGCGGCCUCGCCGGCGCCCCCAGAGAAAGCCCCUGAAGGCAGCCCAGAUCAGAGUAACCUGCUGGAGAUCUGAGCCUGGUGGAGGUCUCCAGCCCCCCGGGCUGCCUUGCCAGCCCCUCCUGGCUCUGUGGACCACUGCUUGUCCCUCAUCUCCUCUGCUCCACGCAUGCUGCCCGUCAGGACUCUCUCUGCCUCUUCCCUGGCCCUUUUGGGCCUGGGGGUCUCCCUGCACGCUGCCUCAGCUCACUUCCUCCCCUUGCCCCGAGCCCAUUCCGCAGUUCCGCAAACUGCUCUCAGGCCCUCACCUCGUGCCUGACGGCUGCACUCUGGCUUCCGAAGCUCUUUCCCCAUCGCCACUCUUUCUCUCUCCUCUGCUCUGACCACACCAAGUCACCUUCCCUCCAUUUGGGCUCCCAACGGUUUCUUUCUCCAUCUCACGAACUCCUUAACCCGCAUCCUUUCUGUUUCCCAGGCUUAUUUACCACUCUCCCUUAGCUUCCAGGCUCCACUCUUCCCAACUUCGAAGUCCACUGCCUUCCAUGCUCCAGAGCGUUCUUCCUUUUUUCAAACACAAUGAUGAUGAUGAUGAUAAUUUAUUGCCCCCUGGUGGCCUCUUCAUUAGGGACCAGAGUUGGGGGAUUGGGGUAAGUGACCUGGCAGGGAGCAGGGUGCCAAGAGGGGGGCAGACCAGUGGGGAUCUGAUCCCAAAGAUGGGGUGACCCCAGGGUCAGGGAGGCUGCCCCCAGGCCUGUAUAUUUAACCCCUAUAUUCCAAGAGAAAUGAAUAGUAAUAAUAAUAAUUCUAUUUAUCAUAAGUUAUGAUGACAGGUCAGGUAGAGUGAGCUGGGGAGGGAAGGGGGUCCAUUUCUGCUAUGGAAAUUUUAACCAAAUGCAUCUCUGUCUAGAAAAAGUGAUAGUGGAGAUCCUGUUAAUGGCAUUUCUAUCUUCAGGGUCUCAGUUAAUGGUGUUUCUCUUAAUGGAAUCUCUGCUAAUAGGUUUGAUUAGCUAGAUCUCUGUUAAAGAGUUGAUGGGGUAUCUCCCACUUAAGGGAUCCCUAAAUAUUUCCAGCCCCGGCCAGAAGCUGUGAAACCUCAAGUCCUAUGGAGGGGAGGACUGGAAUGUACCCCAGCUCCCUUGACCCCAGAGCAGGUUCUUCCACUGCCCCUCCCCUGACACCAUGACCCCAUCAGGCUAAUCCCUCGUUGCCAUGGUAACGGAGAGCUUGCCGCUGCCAUUUUAGAAAUGCUCUUUGGGGAAGCCCACCUAACCGGAGGAGGACAUUGGCUUGGAGGUUCCUCUCCCGAAGAAUAGGUGGGGAAGGCUCUCUCUGGGAUCAGGUCAAGUAAAUCAAGUAUUUAUUGAGCGCCUACUCUGUGCAAGGCACUGUGUUAGGCUGGUGCCUAGAAGCCAUGAGAAAGAAGAAUUUAGUCAGCUAGAGGUCCCCAAGCUGACUUGGGGGUGCGUCCACAGGCCCCCAACCUGGGACUUCUGAUGCUUCCAACUCCACCUCCAGUGACUUUUAAAGCCGCUUCGUGCCUUUGAAUGCCUUUCCUGUGACUUUGGAUCCUCCUUUUCUAUCUCUUCCUCCCUCAAGGCCCCAAGUUAAAGGGUUAAAGCCGCUGGAGCUUGGGGAGAGGGUAAAGUGGUGGAAGGGAAGGGAUCAUGCCCUCAUGGAGUCUUUUUUUGUUUUAUUUAAUAAAUAAAAGUUCGAUUUUAAAUUUUAA